AAAAUCAAUUAUUUGCAAGAAAUACAGCAAAUAAUUAGUUUGAUAGUAAAAAGUAUAUAUUAAUCUGUGAAAGACGCAUGUUUUUUUUUUUGUUUCAUUUCCUCAAGCUCAAGACAAGACUUCUAUAAUGUAUUACUUAUAAUCCAGUUUAUAUUUUCUAUUUUAGUCGACAAAUAAUGACUGGAAAAUUAAUGUAAAGAGAACAAGGAGUUCAGAAUUUGUGCUGGUGCGUGUAGCUACAAUUACAAGCAGGUGGGUAAGGAAGGAACGCAGAAGGAGAGAGAUCAGAAGGUCGUUCUACAACAGUACAACUUUCAAUACGGAUUACAAAGAAGCUCAGUAAGUUCGUGAGCACGGAAUAGUGUGAUCCAUUCCCAAAGGUAACAAGAAUAUCAUAUUAAUCAUAGGCGAUCGGAUUAAAUCAAACGUGUGGAAUAUUGACAGUUUUAGCCAUAAAUAAAAAAAUAAUGAAGACAGAAAUACAAUCCUUCUAUGAAGGCAAGACCAUUUUUAUCACCGGCGCUACCGGAUUCAUGGGUAAAGUUCUCUUGGAAAAAUUGCUGUACCGAUGUUCUGAUCUCGAUAAAAUCUACAUUCUCAUACGAAGCAAGAGAGGUCGCAAUGUCGAAACUCGGCUCGAAGAUAUGUAUAAAUUACCUCUGUUUCAAAGAUUACGUAACGAGAAACCUCAACUUUUUACGAAAUUGAUACCGUUAAAUGGCGAUGUAUGCUUGCCUGAUUUGGGCCUUACUGAUCAACAACGUGAAAAUCUAAUAAAUGAAGUACAUGUGGUAUUUCAUUUCGCAGCGAUACUUCGAUUGGAAGCGAAAUUAAAAGAUGCCAUUGAGAUGAACACGACAGGUACAAAAAGAAUACUGGACUUGGCAAAAGAAAUGAAGCACCUUCAGGCCUUUGUGCAUUUAAGCACGGCCUUUUGUCACGUCGAUCAGGAGGAACUCGGUGAACGUACUUACGAUGCGCCCGAUAACCCUUACGAUGUCAUGAGACUUGUUCAAUGGUUAAAUGACGAUGCUAUAGAUCUUAUUACGCCCAAAUUACUACAUCCGCAUCCAAACACUUACACGUAUUCAAAACGUUUGGCUGAAACAUUAGUGGCCGAAGCAUACCCCAAUCUACCUUGCUGCAUCGCUAGACCGUCGAUUGUAAUACCUUCUUACGCGGAACCAAUGCCAGGAUGGGUCGAUAAUUUGAACGGACCAACAGGGUUGCUUGUUGGCGCAGGCAAAGGUGUUAUCAGAUCAAUGCAUUGUAACGGUGAUCAUCAUGCCGAAGUUAUACCAGUCGAUUUUGCAAUUAGUGCUGUACUUGCAAUUGCGUACAGAAUAGGUACUGGCAAGGAAACAACGAAAAGCAUACCCGUAUUCAAUAUGACACAAAGCGAUAUAAAAGUGAUCACCUGGGCAGAAAUAUUAGACAAAGGUAGAGCUAUUAUUUAUGAGUAUCCUUUCGAGGGACAAGUUUGGUAUCCGGAUGGCGACAUACGUAGCAGCAAAUUUAUACAUAAUCUUUUUGUUUUCUUCUUUCACAUUAUCCCCGCAUACUUGAUCGAUUUUUUGAUGUUAAUAUUUCUACAGAAAAGAUUUAUGGUCAGAAUUCAAAAGCGAAUCUCAGAUGGACUUGACGUAUUGCAAUAUUUUACUACGAGGGAAUGGAAAUUUUAUAACAAUCACGCGAUUGAGAUAUUCAAUGAAUUAUCAACAAGAGAUCAGGAAAUGUUUCAAUUUAUAAUUUACGAUGUUGACGUAAAUGAUUACUUAAAAAACAUUGUUCUUGGUACACGACAAUAUUGUAUGAAAGAAGAUUUAUCUACUCUGCCGAAAGCCCGUCGACAUCAAAAGAUAAUGUACGUUGUCCACAUUGUAUCGGUAUAUUUAUUCUACUUUGGCGUGUUAUAUUUUAUUUACAACAAUGUUGGGAUGAUAAAAAUUUUCUUAGAUUAUAUCAUCGAUAUUAUAAAACCACUAUCAUUCAUAGGUACAUUACUACAGAAAAUACAUCUCUAAAAAGUUUUGCGUACACUCUAUGUUUAAUGUAUUACAUGCAAUGCGUCAAAUCUAAUAAACCGAUAAGGAAUUUUUUUCUUAUCUAUUGUAUCUCUUAUUUUAAUUGUUUGUACGUUUAAACAUAAAUUAUAAGGUAAAAGGUAAUUUUAACAUACAUUAUUGAGAGAAAUACGAUAAUCGGUUUUAUUAAAAAUUAAUUACUUACGAGUAUAAUAGUUGUAAAUUGUGAAUCAAAACUUUUAGAAAACACUUUGAAAAAACAAUACAAUAUAAUAAAAUGUAGCAUAAAUUCUUUGCGAUUUAGAUUUGAUAAAAAUGUACCUCUAUUUGUUAUUCUAUUCAAUACAUAUGUACAACAAUAUUUAAUGAAAUAAAGGUUUACGUGCGUAGAAA